AUGCGCCUCUCCCUCUCCACCACUGCAUCUCUCAUAGCCCUCGUGCAGUCCUCCCUCGUCCCCGACUCCUCGUGCGACUGCUUCCUCACCAACUCCAGCGAACCGGCCUACUUCUCAAACCACCUCUUCUUCGACUUCCGCAACCUCGCCUCCCACGCCUCCGUCUCCGCCGCCAUCACCAACCCGAAAGACACGCCAACCGCGCCCCCCACCAGCAAAUACUUCCAGUCCGAAGCCUGGACCAAAUCAUGGGAGCUCCAAACAUGGAGCAACUCCAAAGGCGGAGGUAACAACUUCGCCGGCGAUGCCACCGUCCUCAUGAUCAACUCCCCCAACAACAUCUACAUCGAGCGCAGCACCGACUCCGCCACACACCUCACCCUACGCACGAAGCGGCUGGCGAGCUUCCAAACAGCAGCGCAGUUCCAGUCCCAGAGUUCCAACUACCAGUACCUGUCGCUGCGUCUGCUGGCGCGAACAGUCGGCGAACCAGGCGGCGUAUCCGCCUUCUUUACGUAUCGCGAUGCCGGGAAACUCGCGGACAUUCAGGAGGCAGAUCUGGAGGUUGUCACGCAAGGGCCGAGGAAGAACGUGCAUUGCACGAAUCAGCCGUCGUACACGGAGAACGGGGCAACGAAGCCUGAUGUCACGAGGAAUGCUACCCUGCCGAGAGGGCUGGGGUGGUCGGACUGGGCUGUAUACCGGCUGGACUGGACGCCUGGCGCGAGUGUCUGGUAUGUCGACGGCGAGAUGAUUGCCAAUAUCACGUUUCAGGUGCCCCGUGAUGCGGCGGGGAUCAACUUCAACUCGUGGGGUGAUGGGGGUAGUUGGAGCGGGAAUAUGAGUGUGGGCGCUGAGUCGAGUUUGCAGAUUCAGUGGAUUGAGAUGGUGUUUAAUACGACUGAUAGCAAGGGGCGUUCGCUACGGAGGGAUGGUUCUGGUUCUGCGAAGGGCGGGUUGUGCGGUGCUGUGUGUAGUAUUGAUGAUGGUGCGGAGAGGGGCAAGGGUGUGACGAAGCUUUGGGGUGAGAAGACGAAGAGUGCGGGUGUGAGGAUGGAAGCUUCAUGGUGUUUGUUGGUGUUUGUGGUUUGUUUGGUGUUGGAGUUUUCAUGA